ACCAACCUGAUAGGCCUGGGCCAAAUGACCCGACUCAUGACCCAAACCCUUGUCUAGUCCGCGCCAAGCCCGCGCUGCUGUUGUACAUGCCACCGUUUCGCUCUUUGGCAAUGGCAGGAAAAACCUCUGCCAUGCCUUGCUUCCUGUCACCCCACCAAUUCCAAUCAUCAAUUCUCAACUUUCUUCAACGUUUUCAGAUUUGGAAUCGAACCCACGUUCGAUUUUCCAUUUUCUUCGAUCCCCACUUGAAAUUUUCAGCUAAACAUAGAUUUCUCCGACGAAUUUCAGAUAUCAGAGAGGGAGAGAUGGGGAUGAGAGUGAGAGCCAUGGGGGCACUGCCGGACCUCAUUCGGAGCCUCCAGAAGGAAGCCCACCCGAAACCCGCAAACCCGCAAUCGCUGCCGUCGCUGAGACGCGCCUUCUCUCUCUACGAUCAGAUCAAUCUCAUCGACAACGUCCCCAGCGACCAGCUUCGGUUUCAACGUUACACGGACACAGGGUUCACAGUGAAUGGGGUGGACUAUGAAGGAAGCCUACUGUGUGUUGGAAACAUGUUGAUGUCUUGGGCUCCCAACAAGUUCUCUCAAAUCACUACUGAUAGCCUAUCCAUCUUUCGAACCGUGCGACCUGUACCAGAGAUUUUGAUAAUUGGCUGUGGAAGGUACAUUGAACCUGUAAGUCCUGAACUACAACGCUUCAUCCGGUCUACUGGAAUGAAACUAGAAGCCAUUGACACGAAAAAUGCUGUAUCGACCUACAACAUACUCAAUGAGGAAGGGAGGAUUGUGGCUGCCGCACUUUUACCAUACGGGAUUUCCUCAUGAUCUGUAGACCGACUGCAGGAUGCUUGCUUUCUGCAUAUUUUUCCUAACAAUCUCGACUACAAUAACUAGUUACCUGGUCAUCAGCUUAUUAGUAUAAUCUCAACUACAAUAACUGCAGGAUUGCGGCUGCUGCACUUUUACCAUACGGGAACUGUUAUUAGCACUCCAAAAAUUUCAUUCUACCCUCUACAAGUGUAGUUUUCUUUCUAAUUAUAAAAGGUUUGGAGUGUAAAAUGAGAUUUUUGAAGUGUCAAUAACAAUUCCUUUCAUAAAAAUGAGGACCACAAGUGCCAAUAACAACACUGUAUUCUAUAUAUAUAUAUAUAUAUAUAUAUAUAUAUAUAUAUUACACGUUAGACACAA